AUGGCUAUCGUAAGUGCGUUUCUUUGGUCCGCGGUGGUACUGUUGUUCGCGUACCGGUUCUAUCUGCACAACAUUAAACGGCCUCCCAAUUUCCCACCUGGACCACCCCGGUUGCCCUUCCUGGAAGAUUAUGGACUGCUGUUACUGCUCAAUCAUCGCCAUCUCCAUCGGGCCGCGCACAAACUGGCCAGGUUCUACAGAACCAAAGUGCUCGGACUGUCGCUGGUAGGUUACCCAGCGCUCAUUGUCCAGGAUGGUACCAUUGCCCGGAAGUUGCUGGCACGGCGCGAACUGGACGGACGUCCGAAUCUCUUUUUGGCGCAGAUGCGCCAGAGAGAAUUUAAGCUACGCGGCAUCAAUUUCAUCGAAGGGUCAGCCUGGAAGGAUCAACGAUGGUUCUUCUUGCGGCAUUUUCGCGAUUAUGGGUUCGGUAGACGGUCGGAGCAAUACGAACGGGAGGUGGAGGACGAACUACAGAAGAUGGUGGACCAGCUUACGUCACACCAGCGGUACGAGUACGAACGUGACUUUAUACAACCCGAUGGGGUGGUCAAGUGUCCGGAUGUGUUUUUGAUACCACUCACAAACAUGUUCCUGCAACUAGCGAUCGGUGAACGGUACGAUCGUGCCAGGGCCAAAUCGUUGGUGCAAGCCGGACGAAACGGACUCCUGUUCGUGCGAAAUGCCGACGAUUACGGAACGGUCUACAGUUACUUCCCGUGGAUACGGUAUGUGUACCCGUUCACGAUCAGAUACAACAAAAUCCGUGAUGGAAUGAUGGGGGCGUGCCAAUUCCUGGAAACGAUUAUCAACAAGCAAAUGCAAACGUUUGAUGCGAACAAUCCGCGCCACUUCGUCGAUGUUUAUCUGCGUGAGAUGCAAAAUCAUGUCCCACAGGAUAAUGAACCAACGUUUCAAUAUGAUCAGCUAGUGCUUGGACUGGCCGAUUUUAUGCUUCCCUCCACUUCCGGUACUGCCGUGCAACUAUCAAUGCUUCUCGAACGACUGCUGCUUAAUCCCGAGGUGCUACAACGAAUGCAACGGGAGAUCGAUGAUGUUGUGGAACGGGACCGUCUUCCGACGCUGAACGAUCGCAUCAAUCUACCGUACACCGAGGCAACGCUACGGGAGAGUAUGCGGAUAGAUACGCUGAUCCCUUCCGGAAUAGUGCAUCGGGCGCAGCAGAACGUCACGUUUGAACAGUACAACAUACAGGAGAAUACACUGCUUCUGUUCGACCUGGACAGUAUCAACAAUCAGACGGAUGUGUGGGGUGAUCCGCGCACCUUCCGGCCGGACCGUUUUCUGGACGAGACUGGCAGCCUGGUGCUCUCCAAGGAUCGCUCGCUUCCAUUCAGCCUAGGCAAACGGGAGUGUCCCGGAAAGACGUAUACACGCAAUACAAUGUUUCUAAUUGUGGCCACACUUGCGCAACGAUUCGAUCUUCGUCAGCGCGAUAGUGAUCCUUUGCCGGACAUUUCGAAACGGCGCACCGGUUUGUUGCACGGGCCGGAUGAUUUUUGGGUGCGAUUUGUACCGAGAGCCGCCAAUUGA